AUGAAUCACUUUGCGUCUGCUGGGUUCAAUCUAUACUCGGCCGAUCCAAGUCCCUUUACAACUCGUCCAACAUCACCAUCACUUUCGCCUGGAAGUGACGACAGGUCUUCCAUUCACGAUUUUACAUCCGCUCCUUCCCACAGCCCAAAAACGGUCCUCACGCGGUCUCGGAGUGGUACUGACACAUCGGCACUUUCGCAACCCCGUCAAGAUAUUUCAAAGGAAUCACUUUCUCCGAAGUCGACAUCACCCCGUAGCAAAGCGCAUUCACCAACCUCAGGUGAGGUUCGCAUACUCCACCCCGACCUUGCUUGCGUUGGGUGGUCCGACGAAUUAGCUGUAGACAGUUGGGGUCUCAAAAUCAUAAAACUAGUUGCCUUUCCAGAUCUGAUACCCCUCUCACCUCAGCGGCCCUCUUCUCCUCUGCCUUUUAGCCCCCCGCCCUUGGAUCCAUUCGCACCUGUAUCUGUAAGCGACGGCGGACUUGCUUCUUCAAGCUCAUCGUCUUCGGACAGUGAAGACGAUGGCUACUUCUCGCACUCUCCUCAAAAUGUUUCUGUCACCUCACUCGAUUCGUUAGCCUCCCGCUCCUACACCGAUUUACCCAGCUUGAUAUCCCCAUCACCCCUCAAACCCCCAUCCAAGCAUCCCCUAUCGCCUGAGACACCAUUAUCUCCCAGAAAAGCAACGCGCUCUCACGCGCACGCACCGACACCCCCAAUCAGGAACGAGGUACUAUUUUUUAGCUUUACCAGAACACAAGAGGGAUCCUCGCUCACCGCCGACGUUCACAUCCUCGCCACUUUGUUCCCGCCUAACGAAAGACAUAUGGUUAUGUGCAGCGGUGAAUUAGACGCGGCAGAUGCGGAUUCGUCGGACGACGAUGAGGAUUGCGAUACACCUUCUCCCCGAAAAUGCCUUCAACUUGACCUUCGACGUUUUGGACUCAACAAGCACGGUCUCGUGAAUCACUUCUCGCGAGUUUUAGAGGAAAACGGCAUAAACCACAUGUAUAGCUCCACGUUCAAAACUGCCAAUUUACUAGUUGAUAAAAAGCACGCGCUCCGUGCUCAAAGUCUCCUCCGCGUAUGCUGAGGAACAAAAGUUUUAUAUGUACCAUAUCAUCUGAUCGUUUUUCUUGAUUUCAAUUCCGCUCAUUUCGUUCACAUCCCUUAGUUAGUGUCCAAUCUGCCUAGCGUUGGAGACUUAUCAUGUUUUGGAAAUUCACAGUCCCUGAAUUUUUCUAGUUACCCCAUACUUCAUCGCUGCGGCCUUUACAUUUGGACAUCCCCCACACUCUCUUUCCAUGAUUUCAUGGUUCUCAUCUACCCUGUCAUCGCAUCCUCUUACAUUUAUUUAUGCAUCACUCAUCUUUGCACGCUUUGUAAUUAUAUGCACCAAUUCUUUCCAAUUCUCUGUAGUCUAUCAUUUUUUCGUAUCUUUUCAUUCCACAAGCGCAGCAUAAAGAUAUUUGUUAUCGGAUACAAGUACAGAGAGUAGAAUAGAGUUGAUUGGGAUUAUGCAAAAAUAAUCGUAA